AUGAACAUGUCAGCCCGGGUGGCCUUUGGAAAGGGUCGCCUCACCCCCCAGCAGCUCUCCUUCGCCUUCCCCCAGACCGACUCCCUGAGGAAAGGCAGCCGGUCGGCGGGAGGAAAGAGGAGGAUGUUCUCCUUUUCUCUCAGAUGUCGGCUGGGCGUCAUCAGAGGGAGAACCAAAGAUGAAGGGCCGUACUCUAAGGGGGGCAAGGAGUCCGGGGCAGCUGACCAAUCACAUUCGUCCUGCAGGCGCAGCUUCUCAGCAGAGGAGCACCGAGGAGUGACCACGGUCGACCUGAUGAAAAGGGAAGGCAGCAGCCUUGGCCUCACCAUCUCUGGAGGCUCCGACAAGGACGGAAAGCCCCGAGUGUCCAACCUACGGCCAGGUGGCCUGGCUGCCAGGAGUGACCAGCUGAACGUAGGAGACUACAUCAAGUCAGUGAACGGCAUCAACCUGUCGAAGCUUCGCCACGAUGAGAUCAUCAGCCUGCUGAAGAACAUCGGGGAGCGGGUGGUGCUGGAGGUGGAGUACGAGCUGCCUCCAUUCGUCCAGAACCCCUCAGGACUCUUAACCAAAACCAUAGAGGUGUGUUUACACAAGGAGGGGAACAGCUUUGGAUUUGUCAUGAGAGGAGGCUUCCACGAGGACUGGCGCAGGUCUCGUCCUCUGGUGGUUACGUACGUCCGGCCUGGAGGUCCCGCCGACAGAGAGGGCACUUUGAAGGCCGGAGACCGAGUGUUGAGCAUAGACGGGAUGCCUUUAAACAGGGAGAAGCACGCUGACGCUCUGACCAUGCUGAUGCAGAGCGGCCAGGAGGCUCUGUUCCUGAUCGAGUAUGACGUCUCUGUCAUGGACGCAGUACAACAAGCCUCGGGCCCUCUGCUGGUGGAGAUAGUGAAGGGCCCCUCUGCCAGCCUGGGGAUCAGCCUCACCACAACAAUAUACAGGAGCAAACAAGUCAUUAUUAUUGACAAGAUAAAGCCAGCCAGCGUGGUGGAAAGAUGUGGAGCUCUGCAUGCAGGUGACAUCCUUCUGUCGAUAGACGGGACCAGCACCGAGCACUGCUCUCUGAUGGAGGCCACGCAGCUACUUGCCAGCACUUCUGACGUUGCAAAGCUGGAGAUUCUCCCGGCCAGUCAGAGCAGACUUCCUGUCAGGCCGCAAGACACAGUAAAAGUGCAGAAGAGCAACCAUCACUGGGACCAAAGCACCAACUACUGCCAUCCCCCACAUGCCAGCCACGGCAAGACAUGGAGCAGCCCGAGCCACCCACACAACCAGCAGGACCACUGCAAAUCUCUGGUGAGCGGUGGCUUCUCCCCUUCCUCCACAGCCACCUCCGGGUUCAGCAGCCAGGGGAGCAACACGCUGCCCUGCCCCGCCAUCCCUCCAGCUGCCCCCACCAGCCCCCGAGGCUCCACGGGCAAGAGGAGGACCCGGAAGAAAGACCACAAGAGCUCACUGUCUCUGGCGUCCAGCUCCGUCGGCCCGGGGGGGCAGGUUUUUCAUGUGGAAACAAGCGAGGUCUUCCUGAGGGGGGAUCCGCUCACAGGUUUUGGGAUCCAGCUGCAGGGGGGUGUCUUUGCAACAGAAACCCUGUCCGCUCCCCCGGUCAUCCGCUUUAUUGAGCCCGACAGCCCAGCUGAGAGGUGUGGGCUGCUGCAGGUUGGAGACAGACUUCUGUCCAUUAAUGGGAUCCCGACUGAAGAUGGCACUUUGGAGGAAGCCCAUCAGCUGCUCAGAGACUCCGCUCUAGCCAACAAGGUCACAGUGGAGAUUGAGUUUGAUGUUGCAGAGUCGGUGGUACCCAGCAGCGGCACCUUCCAUGUGAAGCUUCCCAAGAGGAGAGGAGUGGAGCUGGGCAUCACCAUCAGUGCAAGUAAGAAACCUGGCAAGCCCCUCAUCAUCUCUGACAUCCGAAAAGGAAGCAUAGCACACAGAACAGGCACUCUGGAGCCCGGAGACCGGCUGCUGGCCAUCGACAGUGUGCGUCUGGAGAACUGCACCAUGGAGGACGCCAUGCACAUCCUGCAGCAGGCCGAGGACAUGGUGAAACUCCGGAUCCAGAAAGACGAGGACAACAUCGAUGAGUUGGAGAUGUCUGGCUCCAUAAUCUACACAGUUGAGCUGAAGAGGUAUAACGGACCACUGGGCAUCACGAUCUCCGGCACAGAGGAGCCCUUUGACCCCAUCGUCAUCUCGGGCCUCACCAGGAAAGGCCUUGCAGAGAGGACCGGGGCCAUCCACAUAGGGGACCGAGUCCUGGCCAUCAAUGGGACCAGUCUGAAGGGAAAGCCGCUGAGCGAGGCCAUCCACCUCCUGCAGAUGGCCGGGGAGUCUGUCACCCUCAAGAUAAAAAAACAAGCCGACCAGUCUGACGGCCGGCGGCCUCUAGACAGAGAAGCUGGGUUUCUAAGUGACCCAGAGGACGACCUGACAGACUCCCAGAAGACCAGUAAACAUUCAGAGGUCUAUUCAGCCACUCUGCCCAGUAUAGACUCUGCCAUGAGCUCCUGGGAUAGCUCUGGGUUUGAUGCAGGCUACAGUAGCCAAGGGACGUAUCUUCACAAAGCGUCCGAUAUGUUGCUCAAUCCAAACGAGUGGCGACGCACAAAGCACAGGAGCCAAACCAGUUCCAGCUCUGCGGCUCUAGUCCACCACGCAGCGCUGUAUGAUGGGAGAUUCACUGAGGAUGACUGGGACAAGAUACCUGGAUUCGUCAGCCCCCCUCGUUGCCAUGGCACCCUGAACCAGGACGACAGCUUCUGGUCCCAGGCUCUGCAGGACCUCGAGACCUGCGGCCAGUCAGAGAUUCUCAGGGAGCUGGAGGCUUCCAUGACGGGUAGCGCUCUCAGUCUGUACCUAGAGGAAACCAAGACCAACGACGACUCGAUGUUUCAUUCUGAGUUCAGUCCCAUUAAGAGGGAGGGAAUGCACGUCGAGUCUAAGAGCAAUAACAACCUGAACCUGAACAUGUCGACUGGAGGCAGAGACGUACCUUCACGGUGCAGAGGGGACCCCUCCGAUGUUUUGUCCCCGACCACUCUGGCACUGCACAAGGUGACUAUGAGGAAGGACCUCGAGAGCCAUGACUUUGGUUUCAGCGUAUCCGACGGGCUCCUGGAGAAAGGGGUUUAUGUCAACAUGAUCCGCCCCGAUGGCCCCGCUGACCAGGCCGGGUUAAAACCUUACGACCGCAUUCUCCAGGUGAACCGUGUCAGGACCAGGGACUUGGACUGCUGUCUCACUGUGCCUCUAAUAAUAGAGGCAGGAGACGGCCUGGACUUGGUCAUUAGCAGGAAUCCUCUGGCAGCUGCAGACGCAACGCUGCCCAACGACUGUGACGACCAUUCAAACUCACUGUUCUGCUUUCCGGAGCGCAGGACCAACAGCAUCGCCCUGUGACCCCCCCCAGAAACACUGACCACAUACCUUUUGAAACACUGGGACCACAACCACACACACACACACCUACACACACGGUUACGUUUGUCACAUGGUGAUUCGCUGACAGACCUUCACACUCACGCAGAGCAUCCUCACAUAACAGAGCUACAGAGUGCAUGUGCUCACCGCUGCCGGUUUUAGUCACUGUGUUCACAUGAUGCAGUUCAGAGGAGGAUCUGGCUUCAGGGCAGCCCCAGCCCCCCUCCCUCCCUUCCUCCCCCCACCAACCCCCCACUUCCUCUCCAGAGGCAAAGCCACAUGCAGGCUUAUAUAACAGGGGGGAGUCAUAGCUUCUGCCUGAGCCAGGAUGUCAACACUCACGCCUCAGCUCUGGAGAGUAAAAUGCUGCACACACAUAAAUGUACCAUUCUUUGCUUUAAUGAGCUUGAUGCUCACAUUUUUUUUUUUUUUUUUUGCACAUGCAAUUCUUUACAUGCAUAUAAAACACACACACACACACACACACAUACCGACACACAGGGUGUUAGUGGACACAAGGUCCAGGCCACAUUGUGCUUAUUUGCGUUAUUUCAGCCACGACUUUGCUCACUGCCCUUGUUUUUCCAGUCUCUCCUCCACUCUGCUGACCGCCUCACAGAGAGCGGACAGUGCCUCCAAAUAGACAGAAUGCUCUCCGCUACUUUCCAAAUAUCAUUGGCUGUAUUUUAAAAGCCCCCUUUAACAGCUUAAUACCAGGAAUGCUUGUAAGGACACUCUACCCUUUCUGUUUUUAAUGUCGGCGUCCUUUGACGGAGGUUAAUAGUUUCUGAAUUGUUCCAGAGUGACUCCAGAGAUAUGUUGCGUUUUUGUUUUGUCUGUUGCUUCACUUUCACUUCUUUCUGCACGUUUCUUUUCUAACACUGCAUUUGCACAUGCCACACAUUUCUUUUUUUUUGUCAUGGUUCAUAACUCACUUUAUUUCUCACGUUGCACUGUUUGAAUCUGUGUCUCUGUAUGUGGCAUUACACCAGAAUGACUUAUGGGUUGUUAAGUGAAUUGCAUCCUUAACUAAACAGGAGGAUUAAAUGCCUUCCAGUGUUCAGUGGUUAAUGAUUUUCUUGUUUUCACUCUGUAUCCAUCAAGAUUAAUGUUCCUCUCUGGGGUAGCUGUUUUUCCCACAGAUAUCACGCAGCAUGCAUAGGGUUCGUCCUCGGAAAGUAGCUCUUCCUUUAUAACAGAACAGUACUGGGAGUAAUCUGUUUUUGCUCCGAUAGGAUCUUUCUGAGAGUGCCCCCCUUUUUUCAUCAUUACAUUGUGUUUUUAUAAAGCUUUUAUGUUUUAAAUCUGGCCUGCUGAUCCAUCUGCCUCUCUGGAAACUGGAAACAUGGAUGUGAGAUGCUUUCAUUGUCCCAUUUAGAGCAGACUGAUUAAUCUUUGGGGCGGUAACCUUUUCUUUUUAUGUCUUGUAUUAAAUGUCAUGUUGUAUAGAGGCCUAUUUUUAAGGUUUUAUAUUAAUUUAAUGUAUUUUUUUUGCUGUAUAAUGUAUCAUGGUUAUGCAGUGUUUUAUUUACAGUAAAUACACAUUCAGUAUUUAUCUUACUGUGAUGCUGAAUGUGGCUGCACAUAGUUUGGUUAAUUUCCCUCAUCCUCCCUGGAAAAAGUCAGGACUUGUUUCAGUGGAAUCUGAAAGAUUUAUUGGAUAUGA